AAGUACACUAAAAGUACAUAGGUCGGGUAUACUUUGGCUCAUCGAUUCAUGACAUGGUUCCGUAACACAGUUGCCAUGGCAGCAUUUCCAAACAACAAGGGCUCAAAGAUGGAGCUCACCAAAGUUGGACAUCUUUACCGUUUCCUCGCCGACUUUAAAGACUAUGUAGAUUAUUUGGACUCUAAAGUUACUCCAACGGAUUUAUUUUAUUUAAAAAACAGGGAGUUGGCCCGCAAGCUGGUGGAGAACGGCCACAAGGGCAUGAUCCUGAGCAGGGAGGAAUUUGAGGAGAGGAAAGCAGCUGCAGAGGCUGCAAAGACUGAACAGAGCAGCGAUCUCUACAGCAGGAGCCGCCCAAUGACACUUGCAAGUGCAGGAAAAGAGCUCAAUGAUAACUUCCUGAAGGCCCUGGUAGAGCGAGAAGAGGCCAACCGCAGUGGGAAAAUGACUACGGUCAUUUUCAUAAGGGAUUAUAAUGCACUUGGACACGAGGUAUCUGGAUAUAUAGACUACGCCCACAGACUCAAGUCAGAAGAUUUUGAACCAUAUUUCUGUGGAAAGAAAAGGCUCAUGCCAGGACGCUCAGAUUUAUGCUACUACAACUGGAGGACACAAGCAGCCACCUCCAACUCUAGUCCCAACUUCUUGGUGGUUUAUGAUGACCCAAAUGGACUUCUCUUUAAGAGCAAGAGGGACGAAAAGAUACUGAAUGUGGAUCCUUGGUCUGGCCCCAGUAAGGACUACAGCAGGACGCUCCUCCAGUCGCACCUCUACAUCCACAUUGUGCUGUACGACCAAAGUGUGAGAAUGAUCUAAGUUGCAGACACUGCAGCCGACACAGGCACACAUGUGGUUCACAGUGCACAGCACAGAAAGCCUCUAAUUUAAGCUGCAGCUGCAUCGAAAUUUACAAACUUCUCCGCAUAUCGUGCAUGGCAUCAGGGUGGAGGUGCUGCUAGUGUUUGGGGGGAAAAAAAUACGACUUCAAACAGAGAAUUCCCAGAGGAAGAUGUGGAUGGACUGGUGUGACAGCCGGAAGGUUUCCGAGUGGAUCUUAAAUAUUCCUUUUGGUGCAAGCUAUGUGUUAUCUGGCUUUGCACAUGCCAGCAGUCAUAGUUAAGAGCUAGAACCUGCUCAGUGACCCCAGGCUCAUCCAUCGUUGGGGACAACAUGUUUUGGGCAGUUUGUCUAAACAAAUUAAAGGUGUAAGGGCUUUGAAAGAUGAUGGGAGUUACUUUUAUGUCCUCCCCCAGGCUGCGGUAGCUCCAUUUGGACUGAAAGAGUUAGUAAUGGGCUUAAAGCAUUCCUUGUGUUCCCAGAUAAGAGGCACAGUACACCGCACAUCAAAGCUUUCAAUCUUUUCCAUGUUAGCCACUGACUGACAGGUUUUCAUUCAGCAUAAAUCUACAAAUAAUCUUAUUCGGAAAAUUGUUUGAAAUCUGAAGAAGUUUGUUUUUUGCUACUGAUGCUGAAACAGCUGGUGGGAAUCACACAAUAUUAACUCUGACCAUAAGAUGAUAACAAAUUACAGGAUUUUCAUUUAUAAGCCAGCUGAAGCUGCAUCUUGGCCAGUGAUUAAAGUAAAAUGAUGUAUUUUUCCACCAAGUUCUUUUUGAAAUGUUUUCUAAACAUUUUAGGGGAAGCGAAAGCUUCACAAUCAGACUUGUAAUAAGAAAGGUUUUCUUUGUUCAAAUUCAUUCAUCCCCCCCAUUAUUUUACUUCCCCUCCACAAAAUAAAGAGGUCAGCUAAUGAGUAAACAGAUUCCACCUGUGCAUAACUUAAUCCAACAUAGCUGCAGCUAUCCUGGGAAGGAAUCAGACGUUUGUUAUACAACAAAGAGCAUCUUGAAGAUAAAGAGCCAGAACACAAAGAUGAGGGAGAAAGAUGUGGAGAAGUUUAGAACAGGGUUGGUAAGAAAACAAUAUGCUGAGUUUUGAGCAUUUAAUGGAGCACCCUUUGAUGCCUCAUCUAAACUUAAAAAAGGAUGACAGCUAUUCACCUUAAUGACUGAUUUUCCUCAUCAGUAUCUCAUCAAAUUCUGCUGAGGGCCUGAAAAUGAGCAUAGGCUACUUCAAGAAGGGAUCAAUCUGAAAGUUGCAAAAUAUGUGCUCUGCAGGAUUAGAGCUGUAGACCCCUGAUCUACACCAAAAGGCCAGGCAAACAGAGCAUAGAUUAAAAAAGCAAUUAAAAGCUUUACAACUCUGGAAAAGCUACACAGAUCAACAUCUCAGGUGGAAGAAGCUGGUACCAGGACAACAU